UUACAAUCCCUUAAACAAUUAUGUUGGUAUUAGCAGUUCAGUAAUGUACAGACACUAAACAGUACGUUGUUGUAUCUCACUGUAAAGCUCAUUAACGGACCCUCUCCAAAGUGACAGUUGAGUUAUCCAAUGGUUGUUUGGAAUCCACUGGUUGUCCAAUAGUAACCCAGUGUGAGUUAAUACUGUUUGCCUAUUGGUUAGUCUGCCUCCCCGGUACGGAUGCCUUUCCUCUGGUCAAGGUUGCACUUGCAGGAAUCUCAGUAGGACGCGACUGGAGUUCCGUUUACGCACAAACAGAGCAGCAGACUAAUCAGCCGAGACUCUGCUGUAACUUUUCCUGUUUGUGUUUGUAGUCCACAGAGGAAUCUCUCACCUCACAGAAGCAGCCAUGGAUGAAAUGGAGGAAGAGUUAAAAUGCCCUGUUUGCGGCUCUUUUUACCGGGAGCCCAUCAUACUGCCGUGCUCCCACAACAUUUGCCUGGCUUGUGCCCGGAAUAUCCUUGUGCAGACCCCCGAUGCUGAGUCCCCACAGAGCAGCCGAGCCUCCGGAUCCGGCGUCUCCGACUAUGAUUAUCUGGAUUUGGAUAAAAUGAGUUUGUACAGUGAGGCGGACAGUGGAUACGGUUCCUACGGGGGCUUCAUCAGCGCUCCGACCACCCCUUGCCAAAAAUCACCUAACGGAGUGCGGGUUUUCCCCCCGAGUGUCCCACAGCCUCCUCCGCAACAGCACCUGCUACCGCAGCCCGGCUCUUUACCCCCGAUCCCGCGCAACUCCUGCAUCACUUGCCCGCAGUGUCACCGCAGCCUCAUCCUGGACGACCGGGGGCUCCGCGGAUUCCCCAAGAACCGGGUGCUGGAGGGGGUUGUGGACAGGUAUCAGCAGAGCAAAGCGGCUGCUCUCAAGUGCCAGCUCUGCGAGAAGAGUCCGAAAGAGGCCACUGUGAUGUGCGAGCAGUGCGAUGUCUUCUACUGCGACCCGUGCCGCCUCCGGUGCCAUCCUCCCCGCGGUCCCCUCGCCAAGCAUCGCCUGGUGCCGCCAGCGCAGGGGCGGAUAAGUCGCCGCGCGAGUCCCCGCAAAAUCUCCACUUGCACAGAGCACGAACUGGAGAACCUAAGCAUGUACUGUGUGCAGUGUAAGAUGCCUGUGUGUUAUCAGUGUUUGGAAGAAGGGAAACACGGCACACAUGAAGUCAAAGCUUUGGGCGCAAUGUGGAAACUGCACAAGGGUCAGCUGUCUCAGGCUCUCAACGGUCUGUCAGACCGAGCCGCCGAAGCCAAGGAGUUCCUGGUUCAGCUAAGAAACAUGGUGCAGCACAUCCAGGAGAAUGGAGUGGAGUUUGAGGCGUGUUUGGUGGCGCAGUGCGAUGCCCUCAUCGAUGCCUUGAACCGACGCAAGGCCCAGCUGCUGGCUCGAGUAAACAAAGAGCACGAGCACAAACUGAAGGUUGUUCGGGAUCAGAUCUCCCACUGUACGGUGAAGCUGCGUCAGACCACGGGGCUGAUGGAGUACUGUCUGGAGGUUAUCAAGGAGAAUGACCCCAGUGGUUUCCUGCAGAUCUCAGAUGCUUUGAUCCGGAGGGUCCACAUGACAGAGGGUCAGUGGGGGAAGGGAACCCUCACCCCCAGGAUGACCAGCGACUUUGACCUCACCCUGGACAGUGGACCCCUCCUGCAGACGAUCCACCAGCUAGACUUUGUCCAGAUGAAAGUCCCAGCUGCUCCCAUGCUCCAGCUGGAGGAAUGCUGCACUCAGAACAACAGCGCCACGUUGUCAUGGAAACAGCCACCGCUCUCCACCAUCGCCGUGGACGGAUACAUCCUGGAGCUCGACGAUGGAAACGGGGGGCCAUUCAGGGAAGUGUACGUGGGGACAGAGACCAUCUGCACAGUGGACGGGCUCCACUUCAACAGCACAUACAAGUCCAGAGUGAAGGCCUUCAAUGCCAGUGGAGUGGGCCAGUACAGCAAGACACUGAUCAUGCAGACCUCUGAGACGGGACUCCCCCCAUGCGAUAUUCAAUCUAUAGGCACAGUUGCUUGGUUCACCUUUGACCCAGCCUCCGCUCACCCGGACAUCAUCCUCUCCAACGACAACCUGACGGUGACGUGCAACAGCUACGACGACAGGGUGGUCAUGGGUAACUCUGCUUUCUCCCGCGGCGUUCAUUACUGGGAAAUGACCAUUGAUCGCUAUGACAACCACCCGGACCCGGCCUUCGGGAUCGCUCGGGGUGAUGUCUUGAAGGAUGUGAUGCUGGGGAAGGACGACAAGGCCUGGGCCAUGUAUGUGGACAACAACCGCUCCUGGUUCAUGCACAACAACUCGCACACCAACAGGACGGACGGUGGCAUCGGUAAAGGAUCUACAAUAGGAGUGCUGCUGGACUUCACACGCAGGAUCCUUAUCUUCCUCAUCAAUGAUGAGCAGCAGGGUCCAGUGGCUUUUGAAGGCUUGGAGGGCGUCUAUUACCCCGCUAUCAGCAUCAACCGAAAUGUCCAGGUUACACUGCAUACUGGACUACCCAUCCCUGAUUUCUACACCCCCGGGGAGGCAGAUCCUACUGGCUCUGUGUGCUAAAGACUCACCGCCACUAACAUCAGUUGGGGAAAACCUCUCCAGGAUUUCCCAGGGUUCAUCCUGCCAGUCAAUAACUAUGAUCUCACCCUCACCCUCCCCUCCUCACCUCCUCUUGUCCCUCUGACCGACUUACCCCAUGACGUAUCCAUCCAUCGCUGAGCCAUGCCUUUAUUAUGCCUAAACCUUGGACACAUGGUCAAUCUGCAGGACACACUCAAAAUGUACAGUCCUUUGCAGUCUGUACCUUGUAUUUUGACGUGAUACAGAUAAUUGAAGACGGUGAAAUUCUGUUGAAAAAUAACCGUGAUCUCUAGGUGUUGGACUUGGAAUUAUGUGCAGUGAUCAUAAUAUGUGCUUAUAGGAACAGUUUGUCAUUUUAGAAAAUACGCUUAUUUGCUUUCUUGCCAAGAGAAAACUGAUACCUCUCUCAUGUCUGUACGCUAAAUAUGAAGCCACCAUUAGCAGUCUGUUAGCUUAGCUUAGCAUAAAGCCUGGAAACAUGGGGAAACAGCGAGCCUGGCUCUGACCAAAGUCUAUGUCCAAAAACAGAAAUUUAAAAAUGACAUGGUUUCACAGGCACAAAAAAUAGUCACAAAACUGUGGAUUUUGUUACCUUUGGACAGAGCUAGGCUAGCUAUUUACCCAUUUUUUCAGUCAUUUAAAUAUGCUAAGCUAACCGCCUGCUGGCUGUAGCUUCAUAUUUAGCAUACGGCCAUUAAAGUGGUCUCGGGCUUCUAAUCUAACUUUCUGCAACAAAGCAAAUAAGCAUAUUUCCUAAAAUAUUGAACAAUUUGUUUUAAAGGUAGGAGGUUGUUUUGUAAAUGAGUUGACUUAGAAAAAGUAGCUCCCAUCAUACCAUCAGCAUACAGUCCAGUAUAUCUUAUUCUUUAUUCUUAUCCUUCUUACUUAAAAAACACACAUUAAGAAACACAAUAUUGUGUCUUUUUCUGCCAUCAGUCAUGAACAUCCUUACACAUUUAAAACAACAGGGGGAGCAUGAGAGGUGGUCUUUUGUGUGUUUGUGCAAAUAUGUGUGAGGGGGGUGGAUGGGCUGAGACUGGUCAGCAGCUGCAAUGAUCCCUGGAUGAGAGCAAUAGUCCGACUCUCAGCCGCGUCACUGUCGUAUCCUCGUCCGUGUACAUGAGACGCUUUUCUUAGUGGCUUAGCUCAUGUGAACCUUCUGUAUCGUCUGUAAAAAAAAUUAAAAAUAAUAAUACAGCUUCGGCAUAUAAAAUGCUACUGGAAGCGAGGCCUUCAUGCAGCCUUUCCCUGCGGUGCAGCUCUCAAAACAGGAGGGACGGCUUUUGGUUUAAUGUAUCAUAAAAGCAGGCGAUUCUGUGCAUUGAUGAGUGUUGAAAAUGGAUUAAAGAUGAUGACUGUGAAGCUGUUUGAAUAAGGUGCUACAGCAGCUCGCUUAAUUCUGGCUUUUUUACUGUAGGUGACUGAAUCCUGGUAGUUUUGUAAUAUUGUUAUUGAAAUGAUCUAUUGCAGAGAGGUGUAUAGCUAAAUAAGUUAUUGAUGUUCAGAGUUUUUCAAUGAUUUCAUCAUUGUUCCUUUAAUUUGAUGUAUAGUUAUUACAGAAAGAAAGAAACUGAAUCUUUUUGUCGCUUUAAAAAUGUAGUUUUGAGUUUGUUCUAGAACUGAAGAGGCUUUUCAGUAAACAUAAGAGCCAGUUUAUGUACUACUAAAGCAACAGGAAAGGUGAUGAUGCACUGGGAUGUUCUUGUGGCGUGGCAUUUGGGCAACAGCCUCCUCAACAGGCAACAACGUGAGACAGAAUUUGUUUUAAGACUAAGCCACAUUAGCAGCUCUGUGAUGCUGUACUUAGGUACAGCAGUGCUUUGAGCUCAAUGCUAGCAUGCUAACAAUGACAAUGCUAACAUGCUCAUGUUUAGCAGGUACAAUGUUUACCAUGUUCACCAUC